UCGAUGUCAAAUUAUAUCAGUGAGUCAACAUCAAAUGAAAGAAGUGAAUCAGUAUCAGCGGAAGGUAGUGAAUCAAUUUCACUGGAAGGCAGUGAAUUAAUGUCAGCUGAAGGCAGUGAAUCAACAUCAGUGGAAAGCAGUGAAUCGACAUCAGGUGAAAGCACUGAAUCAAUGUCAGAUUAUGUCAGUGAGUCAACAUCAGAUGAAAGCAGUGAAUCAACAUCAGGUGAAAGCAGUGAAUCAACAUCAGUGGAAAGUAGUGAAUCAGUAUCAGCUGAAGGCAGUAAAUCAAUGUCAGCGGAAGGCAGUGAAACAACAUCAGCGGAAAGCAGUGAAUCGACAUCUGGUGAAAGUAGUGAAUUAUCAUCAGGUGAAAGCAGUAAAUCAACAUCAGCGGAAAGCAGUGAAUCGACAUCAGGUAAAAGCAGUGAAUCAAUGUCAAAUUAUAUUAGUGAGUCAACAUCAGAUGAGAGCAGUGAAUCAGUAUCAGCGGAAGGCAGUGGAUCAAUGUCAGUGGAAGGCAGUGAAUCAGUGUCAGCUGAAGGCAGUGAAACAACAUCAGCGGAAAGCCUUGAAUCGACAUCAGGUGAAACCAUUGAAUCAACAUCAGGUGAAAGCAGUGAAUCAACAUUAGCGGAAAGCAGUGAAUCGACAUCAGGUAAAAGCAGUGGAUCAAUGUCAAAUUAUAUCAGUGAGUCAACAUCAGAUGAAAUCAGUGAAUCAACAUCAGGUGAAAGCCAUGAAUCAACAUCAGUGGAAACUAUUGAAUCAGUAUCAGCUGAAGGCAGUGGAUCAAUGUCAGCGGAAGGCAGUGAAUCAGUGUCAACUGAAGGCAGUGAAUCAACAUCAGCGGAAAGCAGUGAAUCGACAUCUGGUGAAACCAUUGAAUCAGCAUCAGGUGAAACCAGUGAAUCAACAUUAGCAGAAAGCAGUGAAUCAGUAUCUGCGGAAGGCAGUGAAUCAAUAUCAGUCGAAGGCAGUGAAUCAACUUCAGAAGAAAGCAGUGAAUUGACAUCAGGUGAAAGUAUUGAAUCAAUGUCAGAUUAUAUUAAUGAAUCAACAUCAGAUGGAAGCAGUGAAUCAGUAUCAGCGGAAAGCAGUGAGUCAAUUUCAGAUGAAAGCAGUGAAUCAGUGUUGGCUAAAGGCAAUGAAUCAAUGUCAGCUGAAGACAGCGAAUCAAUGUCAGCCGAAGGCAGUGAAUCAACACCAUCGGAAAGCAGUGAAUCGACAUCAGCGGAAAUCCGUGAAUCAAUGUCAGAUUAUAUCAGUGAGUCAACAUCAGAUGAAAGCAGUAAAUCAAUAUCAGGUGAAAGCAGUGAAUCAACAUCAGCGGAAAGCAGUGAAUCAAUGUCAGAUUAUAUCAGAGAAUCAUCUACGUCAAUAGGUCUGGAGCAAUUUUUCUUUUUGAAGUUUACAAUUACUUCUAUUGAUGGUGUAAUAACGGAAUUUGAUGUUCGUCUUCAAGACCCACUUACAGCAUUGUUUAUACAGUAUGAAGAGCUGGCAUGUGCUGCGGUAAUGAGUGCUUUAUCAGGUAGUAAUAUUGCCCUCGUUGGAUGCGAAGCUCACGGCUUUGAGAGUGGAAGUAUUGUUGCCAAUUUGAAAAUCCGUAUAACUUUUGAAACAAUCAUCGAAAUAGCAGACAUGUUAACUGCUUUCCUAGCUGGAGUAGACGAAUCAGGCAUGAUUAUUGGCAGUUCACUUUUAAUAGAUCGUGAUUCACUUUCUGCUGAAGUGAUAGAUGACACUACGUCUGAUGACAGCGACUCAUCUUUUAGCAAAUCAACGUCAGCGGAAAGCAGUGAAUCAACAUCAGCAGAAAUCAGUGAAUCAAUAUCAGAUUAUAUUAUGUUUAAAAACUGUCCUGCUGACGUAACAGUAGCUACUGGAUCCGGACUAAGCUUUGCAAUCGUAGAAUGGGAAGUACCAGUACUUUCAGACAAUUCUGUUUCUGCUACCAUCUCUUCCACACAUUCCUCAAAUUCAAAGUUCAACAUUGGAAAGCAUAAUGUGACCUACACAGCAGUAUUCAACUCGACAUACACUGAGUGUUCAUUCACCGUACAAGUCAUAGAUAAUGAACCUCCUAGUAUACAGUGUCCAGAUAAUAUAGCAAGAACAUUAUCGUUUGAUAACGAGAGCAUUAUAGUUAACUGGAGCGUACCAACUGGAUCUGACAAUGCUGGUCAAGUAACAGUUUUACCUUCUAUGAGUAAUACACAUUCACCAGGAGAUUUGUUUAAUAAAGGUUCAUAUACGAUCUUAUAUAUGGCGACUGAUAACAUUGGACUGACAAGUUCAUGUACAUUCUUAAUUGAAAUAAGUGAUAAUGUAUGUAAUGAAGGAUACUUCGCCUGUCCCGAGAGGUGUAUUCCAAGUGAAUAUGUAUGUAAUGAGAGGCCAGAUUGUGCAGACGGUUUUGAUGAAUCAGAUUGUGGAUCAUGUAGCGAAUACGAAUACCGGUGCCUCAAAAGCUCACGUUGCAUUCCAACAUCACAAAUCUGCGAUAGCUUUAUUGACUGCCCUCUACUCGAAGACGAGGAUUCAACGUUUUGUUCUGAUAAAUGCAAUCUUGCCACAAUAAUUCUUCCAAUGAAUCUCCGUGUCGCUGAUUUUGGUCAUUAUUUAUUUGAAUCUGGAACCAAUGUAACAUUUGAAUGUGCCGACGGUUAUAGCCUUUUGGAUGAAUCACAACUAUUUUGUAACGGAAACAGCUUUGGACAGUUCCCAAUGUGUUACGAGGAUUGUUUAGAACCAUUGGUUUCAGACGACAUCAACAUAGAUGGUAGUUUUACGCAUGGUUCAUCAGUAAUUUUUUUCUGUAACAAUGGUUACGAAAUCCUGCCCGCUGGUGCUACAUCUGCAACAUGUUAUGACGGUGUGUAUAACGAUACAUUGCCACAUGGAUGUCGAGAUAUUGACGAGUGUACGCAAGGAGCUGAUAAUUGUGACGCAAUGGCAACUUGUAUCAAUACUGACGGUAGCUAUACUUGUAGAUGUCAUGACGGAUAUCAAAUGGUAGAAAAACAAUGCAUUGAUAUUGACGAAUGUGAAGGUGAACCGUGUGCUAGAUCAGGUACAUCAACCUGUGACAACAAUAAUGGUAGUUUCAGCUGUUACUGCAAUGAAGGCUAUUUCGGCGAUGGAUUUACUUGCCAAGAAAUAUUUUUCUUGCCAUGGGGAGUUGAGGAAGGUGAUAUGAAUCUACGUGAUGACAAUACUAUACAAUCUACGGAACUUAUAUCUCCAACUUUUACACUAUUGACCGGUUUCCCAUAUUUUGGUGACUUCUUUAGUAGCAUUUACAUUUCUGAAAAUGGGAUCAUAAUUCUAACAAAUGAAAUCGAUGAAAGAUUUGCUUUCCCAAAUCCUCCAGUCGAAGGAAUAAGCUCUGACUCGUCUAUACAUAUCGUUUCUCCCUUUUGGUCUGAUAUUGACCUUGAAGAUGAUACAAUUGGAAAUGUAUAUUACCAGGUUCGACAGUCAGUCACAACAGGCUUAGACAGAGUAAGACGAAACACGAAUCAUGAUGAAGUACUCGCACAAGCAUCAACAAGAGUAAUGGAAUUAAUGGAGCAAACUGACACGUCACUUCCCGAUAGUGUCACAUUUGAAGCUAACUGGAUGUUAACAGUCACGUGGGAUAGUGUACCGCAAUAUCCAGUAGAUAACAAUCGUGAUAAGACUGCUACCUUUCAAGCAGUUCUUGUUACGGAUGGAACUUAUAGUUUCGCCAUUUUCAACUAUGAAAUUGGAGGAAUGCGAUGGAAUCCAGACAUACUCGAACAGAAAAAUGUAGUGAUAGGAUAUGGUGUUGGAUCAAGUGGUGAAUUAUAUAAUGCUCAACAAAAUACAACCUUAUUCCCGUCUUUAAACUCAAGAUACUUUCCUGAUAUGACUAGUAAUACUGGCUUAGAAGGACAGUGGCUGUUUAGUCUUCAAAAUACAGACACCAUCACUACAAACUUCAGGAAAUUUUGUCAAGAUUGGCGCAAUCAACAGGACGACGAUUUUGAUGCUGGUUUACCAUGGCUAGAUGGUCUAGGGACAUGCCCGUGUUUUUCUGGGCAAGGUAGAAAUGAUUUAAGAUAUGGAAGAUCAAGACGUGUCCGUAGUUCUCGGACACAGAAUGUUAUUUCGCCUAGUCUACUCAAUGAAAUUGAAAGUUCAAUCGGCUACCCUUUUUGUCUAAGUUCCUCUCCAGCAAACAGGUUUGGAGCAGGUAUGACAUGUUGCUAUAGAAGUGAUGGUUCUUUGGUCGAGGGCUAUGGUGAAGAUGUUUUCUCUAGUAGUUUUGUAAGCAAGACAGCACCAAAAACUGGACUCUUCUUUAACAAUGAUAUAUAUUUCUUGUGGAUACUUGAUGAUAUCCUUCCGCGUUAUGCCUGCUGCUCUAAAUCAAAUGAUUCUCACUUUUGCGAUCUCUACACUCAAGUUCGACCAAAAGGGACUUGCACAGGCUACAUUGCUCCUCAAUUAGGCUGGAUGUUUGGAGACCCUCACUUGCGAACUCUUGAUGCAUUUGAGUACACAUUCAAUGGGCGUGGUGAGUUUAUUCUGGUGACAGUAGACGAUGGUGCUUUCAUAUUGCAAGGUAAAAUGGAGACGCCAAAUGCUGGCAAUGAUUCGGUACAGGCUACAGUGUUUACUGCAUUUGCUGCACAAGAAGACGCAACACAAUAUAGGGUUGUGUAUUACGCUCCACCAGAAGAUCCUAAUUUUUCCAUUAAGCUUCCGUCGGAAAAUACUACCAAUACAGUAGCUGUUGCUUGGGGAUCUGGUAUUUCUAUAUCAGUUAGCCUCACUGGACAACUAUUGGAAGUCAUAUUUUCUGCACCAGAAACUCUACGUGGAUCUCAUACAAAAGGGCUGUACGGUGUGUGGAAUGGAAACACAGGUGAUGACUUGACGUACCCAAACAACACAAUUUUAGCGAUGCCAGAAGAUCGCAAUUUGACAGAGAGUGAGCUAUUUGAUUUCGGCUUAACAUGGAGAACAACAGCCGAAUCGUCUUUAUUCGUUUACCCAAGUGGAACAAGUUGGGAAGACGUCAACGACCUCAAUUUUAAACCGAUUUUUCUUGAUAAACUGGAGGCAGAAAAAGCUAAUGACCCAAUAUACCAAGAAGCAAAGCAGAAAUGCGGUGAUAAUAAGGAAUGUCUUUUUGAUGCUUUGGCCACUAAUGACGUAAAUGUUGGAGCCAUGACCCUUGCAACGAGUGAAACAAAUAACGAAGGGGUUCAAGACUUAGAAAAUUUUCCCCCAAACAUCACUGGAAUUGUGGAUAAAAGCACAAACAAAGCACUCGUAGGAAACAGUAGACUUAAUGUUAUCGUUGGUGAAGCAUAUAAUUUGGAAGUGGAUGCAUAUGACAGUAAUGGUGACGAGAUAUCGUUUUCAUUGGAAGAAACACUACCUGGUGGAGCAAUUAGCUCAGAUGGUAUAUUUACUUGGAGACCUGCCAGCACCUAUGGAGUGAGAAUAACUAUUAUUGCUACAGACAGUCGUGGAGCCAUAUCGGCACUACCACUGGCAGUGGUCAUAUGCAGUUGCCUAAAUGGUGGUACAUGUAAUUUCAACCAGCUUGUUGACGGAUCAGAUAUCGUGAAUAAUAAAUAUGCAGUAUCUCAGUGUGACUGUACUCCGGCGUGGACGGGCUUUGAUUGCAGUAUGGACUAUGAUUCUUGCUUAGACGGCCCAUGUUACCCUGGAGUUACCUGUUUUGAUGCUGUCGCUCCAGAUGUCAAUGCAACGUGUGGAAAUUGUCCAUCUGGUCUGGAAGGGAAUGGAUUUAAAUGUUACGAUUAUGAUGAAUGUACUGAAGGAAAUAAUCAGUGUGAACAGGAAUGCAUAAACACUUUACAAUCUUACGACUGCAAUUGUUUCUCUGGAUAUGAAUUACUUCCUGACAAAACCACCUGUAUGGACGUGGACGAAUGUUUGCUUGGAAAAGACAACUGUCCAGAAACAGCAGUGUGUUCCAAUACAGAAGGAUCAUUCAAUUGCAUGUGUUUCAGUGGGUAUUCAGAUAUCAGUGGAGAAGGAACAGUUUGCAGUGAUAUAAAUGAAUGUUCUCAAUCUGAUUACCCGUGUGACGAAAACGCUGUUUGUUUUAAUAACAACGGAUCCUAUACGUGUUCAUGUACAAAGGGUUUUGAUGGGAACGGUCAGACAUGUCAAGAUGUUGAUGAGUGUGCGCGUGCAGUUCAUGGAUGUGACAUGAACGCGGAUUGUGUGAACACCCCUGGGUCAUAUGUGUGUUCAUGCUCUGAAGGAUGGUCUGGCAAUGGAACAAGUUGUUACGAUAUUGAUGAGUGUCGUUCUCUUAGCUCUUUGUGUCAUCAACGUGCGUCUUGCACCAAUACAAUCGGAAGUUACUUUUGUUCUUGUCCAUCAGGAUACACUGGCGAUGGAGUUACAUGCAUUGAUAUUGAUGAAUGUAAUGAAGGAACAAACAACUGCACUGAACAAUCCAUUUGUUCAAAUACACCAGGCGCCUACUACUGUCAGUGUAAAACUGGGUACAUGACAGAAUCAGACGGUACUUGUACAGAUAUAAAUGAAUGUACCAACAAUUCAACUUGUGAUGUGAAUUCGAAUUGCAUCAAUAGUGCUGGUUCUUUUAGUUGUAUGUGUAAAAGUGGCUACAUUGGAGAUGGAUCAACUUGCGAAGAUAUUAAUGAAUGCCACCUUGGAACUGACAACUGCGAACAGACUUGCAACAACUAUGUAGGUGCAUUCUCGUGUGGUUGUUUUCAGAACUUUGAUUUGCAAGAAGACGGCAUUUCAUGCGUAGUUUCAGCCGAAGCACAGUGCUCAGAGGAUCCAUGUACCAACUCUUUCUGUAUUAUUGACAAUAAUGGUGAUCCUACCUGUACAUGCAAGCCAGGAUAUAACGAAUUUAAUGCUACUUAUUGCAUGGAUGAGAAUGAAUGUGGUAUUAACGGAACCAAUAUGUGUGACAGUAUCUGCGUUAAUAUUAAUGGUGGGUAUAUGUGUGAGUGUGAGCCAGGCUAUUCACUCAACCAAGAUUUACGAACAUGCUCAGAUAUUAAUGAGUGUGACACCAACCAUACAUGUUCCAUUAACGCUAAGUGUACAAACAUCUUUGGGUCAUAUCUAUGUUCUUGUAAAGCGGGAUACAUUGGCAACGGCCAGGAAUGUGAAGUUACUACAUGUACAUAG